GUUUACACUCAUCUGUCAAUGUCUUGAAUGUGACGUUUGGGUCUUGAUCCAAACAAGUUAGAAGUCUGGUUCUAAUUUCAGCAUCUUGUGGUGACUGCAGAGCUUUGAUGAAUACAAGGCAUUUAAAUUGAUCUGUCAACGAGCGUAACUUGAACCGUUCACACUCUCUGUUGACGACGUCUGCUAGAGCACCAUAUUCAUCGGCUUCACGUUUCACCAAAUUCAGACACUGAUAUCGAAUACUAAACAACGAAGAAGAUUCACCGAAUAUCUCUGACAACUGAGAUACUGUCUCCCCGAAACUGAGCUCUCGAGGUAACUUUGGCAAUAUAUGGUCAGCAUAACGUGCAUGUUCAUUGCUUCCCAACUUACGCAUCAACAACCGAGUCUUACAUGCUUCAUCUUGUUGACAGAAUUCUAUUCUAAAUGUAUCUUCCCAACGCUUGAACCAAGUGAGAAAGGCUCCUGAAGAACGUAUGAAAAUUGCUGCUCUUCUAGCAGAGAAAAAGAGUACAAAUGAGAAUUCAUGGAUGUACGAGAAGCCAAAAGAUGAUCCUGAAGCAUUUUUGUUAGGGAAACAAGUUCAAAGCUUAAACCAAAUUCAAGAAAUUGGCAAAGAAUAUGAAGAAUCACCUGCUCAGCGACUUGCUAGAUUUGAUAUGGAAGCUAAGUUUCGUGAAGAUCCUCUGACAAUUAUGAAGCAAAGAGAAGCAGAAAAACGAAUGGAACUUCUACAGAAUACAGCUAAAGUUAGGAAACUUCGAAGACUUCUAACGGAGCAGAAAUUACGCAAAGAAAAACGUAAAAGUAAAAAACAUUCAAAACAUAAACGUCGGCAUAAAAGUUCCGAUGAAUCAGAUCAAGCUAGUUCAGAUGAUGAAUUACUGAAUAAGUUCAUUAAAAUUAUUCAUCAAUCUAAUGAAUUGGAAGAGGCUAACUCACAGAAAUCUAUAGAUAAAUGUAAUAAGGAAUCAUCUUCUACUAUUCAAAAACAAUCUUCAAGUUCUUAUGAUCAGGAACAUGCACGUUCAAAUCAAAAGUAUUCAGAUGUAAACCGAAAACAAUAUUCAGAACGUAAUCAACCAAUGUUAUCCAGUUCAGAAAGAUCCAACCAUCAUAAAUCAUCAUCAAAUCAACAAAAGUUAUCUAAAGAAGAAAUUGAAGCUAAACGAGCUCAAAUGAUUUCGGAUGCAAAAGAACAUGAAAAAGAACGUUUACAUCGUUCCACUACUCAUUAUACAAUGAAAAAGAUUGAAGAAGAAAAAGAAUUAGCUUCGAAAUUUUCGCAUGGACCAUCAUUUAUUAGUCAUUUAAAAAACAAACAUGUUGAUAUGACUACAUUAGAAGAAGGUAUUCAUCGUAAGGCUAGUAAUCGUCAGAGAGGGGAGCUUCAUGAUAAUUUUAUCAAACGUUAAAUGAAAUGUUUUAGUUUUCUGACUAUAUUGUAAAUAAAAAAAACGUUCCUUUUACAAAUUGUAUAAACGUAAUUUGCCGUUCUGAUAAAGAGUUUUACUUCCCUACCUGACUUAAACCUCCUACGUAGUUAUGUCAAUAACAUUCAUUCCUCCUGGUUAAUUUGUUACGGAUCAAAUUAGAUUAAAAUCAAACCACCUUGUUAACGUUUGUCUCUCAUUAAGCUUACUAUUAACUGAAUGAUCUAAUAUCGA